GAGCGCCCGGCUUUGCUUCUCUGUCCGUCUCGCGUCCCCUGAAUUGCCUGCUCCUGUCACCGAACAAUGACCCAUCUAAAAAUCCCUGGAGCCUUUGAAAUCUACAAUCCGCCAUCGUAUAGCUGUCCAACGUCUGUCAAGAAAGAGCAAAUCGUUCCAAAAUGAGCCUAGAUUUCGGCCUCACUCUGAGCGCCGCCGCUUCUGGAAUCUCCUUCUGCAAAAUGUGUGACAAGCCCUUCACUCAAGAAACCGCACUGAAGAGACACCAGUCGUACUGUCGUCGCGCAAGAACGCGACCUCGGAUCCGCCCAAAACCAUGCCGAGAAUGCAGCGUAGCCAAAUGCAAGUGUAGCCUGCAACCCAACUGUGCACGUUGCAUCAAGAAAGGCCUCGACUGUGUGUAUCCCGAGACGACGAAUCAAGGGACGGGAGGGCUUGCGACCACAUCAUCAUCUGCUCAAAUGCUUCUGGCCGAGAACGUUUCCUCAUCCCAGACAUUCGCUCAAGCUGAUGUUCUGUCCUUUUCCCCCAAUGACAGUCUAUCUUGGGGCUCUCAAUCACAGUCAAUGGACCCGAAUAAUGCCAUGCUCUUGGCAGAUGGCACCGAUCUCGGGCUGGACUUCGCUUUUGGUCUCGAGUCUCUGGAUCAGAACAUAAACGUCACAGACAUGACACCGGCCCCAGAAGUUUACAAGUUGGUGAUGUCCUCUUGUAUCAACGGCGAUAGGUUUGUUGAGACUUCCACGACGGAUGCACCGUUCCCGCUCAGAAGUUUGUGUGCCCCGAGUCCGGUGGCCGAGAGCAGCGCCAAUCUCAUCAGACAAGCACUACGUUCAUACCCCUACAUGAUGCUCCGUAGGUCGUCCUUUCCGCCUUUCAUACACCCCCAUCAAGACAAGGACCAUCUUCCCGAGCCCCUUGCCAACUGUAUGGGUAUUGCUGUUCUUUUUGCGGCGCGGAACCGCGAUACCAGACAGUUUUUGUGGAAAUCGAUUCGUGAAGAACAAGAGAGAAAUCUAAGAGAGAUGGUCAAUUAUUCGCAAUACGAUGUGUUUGCGGCCUUACAGGCAGAACUUAUCUACAUCAUUAUGCGCGUUGUCGAUGGUGGGGGUGCCCCGACCGAGAAUCGAGACUACAACAUGGCGAUGCUGUUCGCUUACGAGUCGAUGUGGAAACAGUUCAUGAUGGUCACUGACACCCCUUGCAAUGUUGAUUCGGCAAACUCACUAUCGUGGGAAGAUUGGAUAUUGAACGAAUCCAGAACAAGAAUCUCUUGCGUGUGGUUUCUUGUUGCGCAGGUGGCCUCCGUUAGAGUAGGCAUAUCGUGUUUCGUGCUGGAAAGUUGGAAGGAAUUACCUCUUCCCUGCCACAAGGCACAGUGGGCGGCUACUACAAUGGAAUCUUGGAAGGAGGAGACGGAUGCUCUUUCAUACAUGCAGAACUCGUCACGGAGUAUCACGUCGUUUGGAGAGCUGUGCGAGUGCCGCCGAGCCGCAAGCGACGCCAGGAAUGCCGACAGGCUCGACAGUUGGAACUCUGGAGCGGAUAACAUUGGGAAUCUCUUGAAUCUAGUUACGACAAUGAUGUAGUACGGAUUUGUAUGUUACAAUCAUCCUUUUACUUCCCAUUGCAACC